UGCUCCGUCUCCCUCUCAUGCCCAGACACAGACGUCGGCUCGCUGCACCAAAAGCCACAAAUCGCCGAGUGCGAGUCUCUGGAGCAGCGGCGGACUGGCGAAGCAAAGCAUCAACUGACGGGCAGCAGCGAUCACAGCACCGCAACAGAGCCGUGUGAUGCUUUCCAGAUCAGCGCGCCCAGCUCCCCCGGACCAGUACGCGGGAUUGAAAUAAACGGGAGGGGGCAGUGGGAGCAGGUGUGAGGAGGCUCCCUGAAGCGCUCCAUAAAAGGGGAGCACACGGUGCCAGGCGGAGUGGGGAGGAUUACGGUUCUCUCGGGAGGAGGCGAGGAGCAAUGAAAAGCUCUCGCUCUCCAGCCAGACGGACCGCACGGCACUCGCAGCCCUCGGCCGUUCCGUAGCCGGGGAGAAGCUCGGUAAACGCUACAGCACUAGUGGGUACAUGCCGACUGCAGCCGUACACCCUGAUCUGGGAUUUUGGACGCCAGUGGAGAACAAUCUGACCUGAAGGGAUAAAAUCCAGGAAACAGACAAACAAGGAGUAAUGAGAGGCAAUGACCCUUCACACCCCUCGCAUUUGGAUAACUAGGGAGUUACAAAAGAGCUGCACGCACAGAAGGCAUUCGAGUUAAUAAUAAUGUGAUGGUCUUCAGUUAAUUGGUUUGAUGGAUCAUCUCCUGGGAUCAAGGACGUAAUGAAAUUCAACAAGGAGAGGAAAAUCAAUGCUCUGGCAUGCUCGUCUACGCCACUUGUCUCCAUGUUCCUGCCUGGGUUUUCCUCUUAAAAUCUGAGGGAACCAGCAGAACGGCUGCCAGGGAAUGGACAGGAUAGAUUUCCAUUUUACAUCUUGAUGCGACACGGACAUAUCAGGUCUGUGGAUAAAAACAUCCAUCAUGCCAAGCCCAGAACUGCUGGUAAAGAUCUUACCGCUGGGACGGCUGUAUGACUCGAAAUGCAUCUGCCCCAAAAGAGCAAAUCCCUGUCUGGUGUCCCCAGUGACUCUGCUGUGGUUGGGCCUAGUGAGCUAUGUCCUGCUGGGGUUCAAUCCAGGCGUGUUCGCUGGGGAGACUUGGGGCAUGGUGUCCAUCUGCCCCUUCCACUGUGUGUGUCGGAAUCUAUCCGAAUCUCUGAGCACUCUGUGCGUUAACAAAGGACUGCUCUUUGUCCCGCCGAACAUCGACCGUCGCACUGUGGAGCUUCGCCUUGCCGACAACUACAUAUUGGAAGUGGGUGGGGCUGACUUUGCCAACAUGACAGGACUGGUGGAUCUGACGCUGUCCCGAAACACCAUCCAUGCCCUGAGGCCACUGGCCUUCGUUGACCUGGAAAGCCUGCGAUCGCUGCACCUGGACACAAACCGGCUGACUGUGGUGGGACCUCAGGAUCUCACAGGCCUCCUCAACCUUCAGCAUCUCUUCAUUAACAACAACCAGCUCACAGAUGUCUCAGCUGAUGCCUUUGAUGACUUCCUGCUAAGUCUGGAGGACCUGGACUUGUCCUACAACAACCUCCGCAGGGUUCCCUGGGAAGCCAUCCAGAACAUGGCCAGUCUAAACACCCUCAACCUAGACCACAACCUCAUUGACCAGAUCGCUGAGGGCACUUUCAGCGAACUCUACAAGCUCUCCCGUCUGGACAUGACCUCGAACAGGCUGCAGACACUUCCCCCAGAUCCCUUGUUCUCCCGGUCACAGAUUGGUGUGGUUAGCCCCACCCCCUACAAUGCAAUCAUCAGCCUGAACUUUGGCGGGAACCCUCUGCACUGCAACUGUGAGCUGUUGUGGCUGCGGAGGCUGACCCGCGAGGACGACAUGGAGACCUGCGCCACACCUGCACAUCUCGCCGGCCGCUACUUCUGGUCCAUCCCGGAGGAAGAAUUCACGUGCGAGCCUCCGCUCAUCACCCGUAACACCAACAAGCUAUGGGUUCUGGAGGGGCAAAGAGCCACACUCAAGUGCCGUGCCAUCGGUGACCCUGAGCCGGUCAUCCACUGGGUGUCCCCAGAUGACCGCAUCGUGGCCAACACUAGCCGAAUCCAUUCGUAUUACAACGGCACCUUGGAUUUCCUGGUGACCCGGUCCAGAGAUGACGGCGCUUAUACCUGCAUUGCCAUCAAUGCCGCUGGAGAGUCCACUGCACAGGUGGACCUCAAGAUCAUCCCCCUGCCUCACCGGGGCAACGGUACUGUGUCCCUCACUCACCCCCGAGACCCUGGUUCAUCUGACAUCAGCAGUGGUCGAGGAGGGUCUGCUGGGGGCAUGGGGGUAGUAACAGUGAGGAACGUGACUGGAGGUGAGGGAGAGAAUGGAAACAGUGGUUCUCACACUGGAACAGAGAGACUGGUAGGAGUCCUCAGCGUGACUUCCAACUCUGCCCAGGUGCGUUGGUAUAUGGGCAGAACAACUCUGCCUUACCUAGUAUGGAUGUUCCAGAUUCAGUACAACAGUACAGCUGAUGACGCCCUUGUGUACAGAAUCCUGCCUCCAACCAGCAACAGUUUCCUGCUGAAGAACCUGGUCUCUGGUGCGGACUACCGCCUGUGCGUCCUUGCUAUAUUUGAUGAUGGCAUCUCCUCCCUGGCAACCACAAAAGUGUUGGGCUGCACGCAGUUCAGUACUAAAGAGGACUACCCAGAAUGCCGCUCUCUGCAGGCUCAUUUCCUGGGUGGCACGCUGACUGUGAUGGUAGGCGGAGUAGUGGUGGUAACACUGCUGGUCUUCACUGUGGCUUUGAUGGUGCGACACAGAGUGUGCGGAGACUGUCGGGAUGAGGCCGCCCGGUCGGGCGAGUUCCUGCCAGUCAAAGGGGUGGACGUUUACGCCCAGACUAACGGAAACAACAGCGCGAUGUUCUCCUUGCCAAAUGGGGUGCUGGCCCAGCAGGCAAGAGCAGCACAAGCCAAAGCCAAGCACAAGGCACUUACGUUGGCCAAACUGAGCCCGGAGGCCCAGUGCAGCCAGGGUGCAGACGCCGACCCGGCGAGGAUGAAGCGCUCUCCCCCUUUCACACCGGAGAGCGAGAGACUGACACUAUAUUACUCGUCAGGCAAAACCGCUCACACGCUGCCACUCCCUGCACACAAAUCUGUGAAGCGUGCCGGCAAGCUCAAACUCCGAAGGCCUCAAGAGACAGACAGGGACCAGGAGAGUGAGCGAGGCAGUAGGCGAGGCUCGGCCUCGCCGUACCUCGCUCAGGCAGGGCAGGAGGGAUGGGAGGGGAUAUCGGACUGUGGGCUGGGAGAGACUCAAGCCCAGGUGACCAGGCGCAGGUGCUCCUUUGACGUGGGCGAGGUGGCCACCACCACGUGUUACAGUUAUGCCAAGCGGCUGAGCGUCAUCUGGAACCGCCGCAGUCAGUCGUUGCACGGCAUGCUGGUCCAGUGCGCAUCCACCGGCAGCGUGUCCGGCGUAGGGGGCCAACAGUGUGGCCAGCCUGCACUGACACAAGGCUACCUGCGAGCCCACGCCUCCAACAACUCCUCCAACUCCAACUCAAACUGUAGCGGAACUGCCAAACCUGGAGACCUGGAGGAGAGCGUGGUGUAGGGAAGCCUGUGGGGAAGGUCAAGGGCAAGAGUGAAAGACACUUCAGUGUCUAAUGCCAGCCUGAGGGGAAAAAAGACCCAUAUUUAUCAUCAUGUGCCAAGCAGAAAAAUGUGCCACGCAAAACGAAACAGGAAUCGAAUAGGGUAACCAAAAGUGUUUUCAUAUAAAUGAAGCAAAAAGUCAACUUUAAAUAAAACGCAUUACCUGGAGAGGAGAAAUGAUGAGCUCUGUAAAGCACACAAAAGCUGCCCAUUAUUUAGUGACUGCUAUUAUUCCAAGACACUGAGGCCAAAAUCAAAUUCUAGGAAAACAAAAGAAUUGCAGUUGGGCAGGGGGUAGGAUUUUAAGAGAUUAGAUUCAAGGACACAUUUGUUUGGUCGACAGUCCCCAAAGGAUAUGGGGAUUACAAACUGGAGCUUCUGUUUCGACAAGAUUAAUUAACCAAUUAAUAAAUUAUUGAAUAAAUCAGCCACUAAUUCAUACUAGUGCAAUGGCUUUUGAAUGCAAAUGAUGUGUUCAAGAGAGGAUAAACAUCAGAAAAACAAACUGAGAGCAACCACACUAUCCGCAGCAAGAAACACAGCACAUUUUUAAGGCUUUCUGAUGAAUGGGGCAGUUAAAUGAGUAUAAAUAGCCUGUAAAAGUUCUCUUUUCUUUUUGUGGUCAUGUUGCUAAUGAACUCUGAUGAAACUGAUGCAGUGCUACGUGUUAGAGCACUUCAAAUGGACCCAUUUGUUUCUAUGUAUGUACCAUCGUUCAACAGUGGUUCCACAGAUUUGACUUGCCAGUUUGAGUGUUUUCCAUCUAGUUGUUUUUCUUCAGGAUAAUAAAACAACAAGCUUAUGUUAAAUUGACAUUCUGAAUUAUGGAAUAAAAGGUCGCUAUUUUUCAGA